AUCACCAUGGCUGCAGUGGAUCGCUUCUACCUCUUGUACAGAGAGAUCAGUCGUUCCUGCAAUUUUUACAUAGAGGCCCUGGCUAUAGUUGGAGCUUGGUACACAGUCAGAAAGUGUGUCUCUCUUGCGUUUGAUGCUUACAGCAUGCUUAGGUUGCAUAUAAUUCCAAAGCUGGGUGGCGAGAUUGAUCUUGUCAAGCAGUAUGGAAAAUGGGCCGUGGUCACUGGUAGCACAGAUGGUAUCGGGAAGGCGUAUGCUGAAGAACUGGCAAAGCGUGGUGUCAACAUCAUCUUAAUCAGCCGAAACAAAGAAAAGCUGGAGGCUGUAUCUAGAAGCAUAUCUGAAACUUAUAAAGUGGAAACAGAUUUCAUAGUAGCUGACUUCAGCAAGGGGCGUGAGCCUUACCCAGCCAUUAAGAAGGCUCUGAAAGACAGAGAAAUUGGCAUUUUGGUGAAUAAUGUAGGAAUGUUUUAUCCCUACCCGGACUAUUUUACCAACCUGUCUGAGGAUAUGCUGUGGGACAUGAUCAACAUAAAUAUUGCUUCUGCUAACAUGAUGAUGCAUAUCGUGCUGCCAGGCAUGGUACAGAAGAAGAAAGGGGCAAUUGUGAAUGUUUCUUCUGCAUCCUGUUGUCAGCCGACACCAAUGUUGACAAUCUAUGGAGCCUCUAAAACCUACUUGGACUAUUUCAGUAGAGCACUACAUUAUGAGUAUGCCUCAAAAGGAAUUUUUGUUCAGAGUUUAACCCCAUUCAUAAUUACUACAAGAAAAGUAGCAUGCAGCAGCACUGCAUCAAAGAGAUCCUUCUUUUUUCCUUCUGCUGAAGAAUAUGCAAGUCAUGCUGUUUCUACUCUUGGGUUAUCCACAAGGACUACUGGUUACUGGAAGCACGCAAUAAAGUUCACGUUGGGUUGGCUUGCAAUCAGCUUUGCUAAUUCUUCUAGGGAGUUAACUUUGCCAUCAGAAAUGGAGUACAGGACUCAGCUACCACAUCCUGAGUGA